GCCACCGGCGCUGGUGCUGCCGUGUAUACAGCACACAGCUGCCUAGGGCACCGUGACAUUUGGGGCAAUUUGGUGCCCCAAAUGUCAUGGUGCCCUACGCCUAAGGACGGUCCUGCGCCGACCGACUCUCCCCGCGCGUGCGUGCGUGCGUGCGUGCGUUCCUUCCUUCCGCGACGCGUCCGAUCCACGCACUCGCUCGGCCUCAGCCACAGUAGCGUGCGCAUGCGCGCUCCAGGGAGGGGGGGGCCCCCCGGGAAGGGGCCGGAGGGCGCAGGCGCCGCCAGCGACCCUGGACGCGCUUGCGUUCACCCGGAAGUGCUUCCGCUGCUGCCGAGCAAAGAUGGCGGCGGACACUGCAACGGAGCUGCUGUUUUUAGACACUUUCAAGCACCAGAGCGCGGAGCAAAGUACCAAUAUAGAUGUAGUUCGUUUUCCAUGUGUGGUUUACAUAAAUGAAGUACGUGUCAUUCCUCCAGGAGUAAAAGCUCACACAAGUUUGCCUGACAAUAGAGCUUAUGGAGAGACAUCCCCACAUACAUUUCAGUUAGACCUGUUUUUCAACAAUGUCAGCAAGCCAAGUGCCCCUGUUUUUGACAGGCUGGGAAGCCUUGAAUAUGAUGAGAACUCUUCAAUUAUCUUUAGACCCAAUGCAAAGGUCAACACGGAUGGAUUGGUCCUAAGAGGCUGGUACAACUGUUUGACAUUAGCAAUAUAUGGAUCAGUUGAUAGGGUAAUAAGUCAUGACAGAGAUUCUCCUCCACCCCCUCCACCACCACCUCCUCCUCCCCAGCAGCAACCCGGUUUGAAAAGAAACCCAAAACAUGCUGAUGGGGAGAAAGAAGAUCAGUUCAAUGGGAGCCCUCCAAGACCACAGCCCAGGGGACCAAGGACUCCUCCGGGCCCUCCACCUCCUGAUGAUGAUGAAGACGAGCCCAUGCCUGUGACAGUGGCUGGGGAAAAGGAAGAUGAUGUUGAUCACAGAGAGGACUACUUUGAGCCAAUUUCUCCUGAUCGAACAUCUGUUCACCAAGAAGGCCAGUACUCGGAUGACGGGGAGGUAGAGGAGGAGCAGCCAGAAGAAGGGGAGGAUGAGGAGGAAGAUGUGGAUGUUGAGGAAGAUGAGGAAGAGGAUGAGGAGGAUGGUCAUACAGUAGAGAGUAUUCCUGAGGAAGAAGAUGAGGAGGAGGAGGAGGAGGAGGAGGAAGAGGAAGAUGAAGAAGAGGAAGGUGAGGAGGAAGAUGAGGGUGAAGGUGAUGAUGGCUAUGAGCAGAUUUCAAGUGAUGAAGAUGGAAUUGCUGAUCUGGAACGUGAAACAUUUAAGUAUCCAAGCUUUGACAUUGAAUAUACUCCUGAGGAUCUAGCCUCAGUGCCACCUGUGACAUAUGAGCCUUUUGAAAGAGAGCUUGGACCUCUUUUGUACUUUAACUGUCCUUUCAAGACCAUAUUUGAGGUUGAAGUUGGUAAGAUAAAGGAUCAAGAUCCAGACAAGGAAAAUUCGGGGCUAGUAGAAGCCUCAGUUAAGCUAACUGAACUCCUGGAAUUAUAUCAGGAAGAAAGGGGUGCAAAGUGGGUCACAGCUUUAGAAGAAAUUCCAAAUUUAAUAACAAAAGGACUAAGCUACUUGCAAGUGAAGAACACAAAACAGGACUAUAUUAUCCAAUUAGUAGACUGGACAAUGCAGGCAUUAAACUUGCAGAUAGCUCUCAGGCAGCCCAUUGCUUUGAAUGUCCGACAGCUUAAAGCUGGAACAAAAUUGGUGUCAUCACUAGCAGAAUGUGGGACUCAAGGAAUCAUGGGACUCUUGCAUGCAGGAGUUAUUAAUGCAUUAUUUGAACUGUUAUUUGCAGAUCAUGUUUCAUCUUCCCUUAAGCUUAAUGCUUUUAAAGCUUUGGAUAGUGUUAUCAGCAUGACUGAGGGAAUGGAAAUGUUUUUAAGAGGUGGGUUAGAGGUACAUGAAAAAAGUGGUUAUCAGAAACUCUUGGAACUCAUACUAUUAGAUCAGACUGUGAGAGUAGUCACUGCAGGUUCUGCAAUUCUGCAGAAAUGCCAUUUUUAUGAGAUUCUAUCAGACAUUAAAAAGCUUGGUAACCAGUUAGCAGAGAACACUCCUCCCCUUCCUAAUCAUACGGAGUCUGAGCAGGAACCAGACCUUGGACUUGAGAGAACCAACCCAGAAUAUGAAAAUGAUGUGGAGGCGCCUAUGGAUAUGGAUCAUUUUUUGGAAUCUUCUAAUAUCAGUGAAGGAGAAGUAGAAAAACUUAUUAGUCUCUUAGAUGAAAUCUUUCAUUUGAUGGAGACUGCACCACAUACAAUGAUUCAGCCACCAGUAAAAUCUUUUCCAACAAUGGCACGCAUUACAGGACCCCCAGAAAGGGAUGAUCCUUAUCCAGUCCUUUUCAGAUACCUUCAUAAUCAUCAUUUCUUGGAAUCUAUCACCUUGCUACUAUCCAUUCCAAUAACAAGUGCUCAUCCUGGUGUGCUUCAGGCUGUCAGAGAUGUGUUGAAGUUCCUGGGACAGUCACAAAAGGGCCUCCUCUUCUUCCUGUCUGAGUAUGAAGCAACAAACCUGUUGAUUAGAGCACUAUGUCAGUUUUCUGAUCCAGAUCAAGAAGAAGGUCUCCAAUCAGAUGGUGCCAAUGAUGAUGCAUUUGCCUUGUGGCUCCUGCAUUCAACACAGACAUUGCAGUGUAUUUCAGAAUUAUUCUGCCACUUUCAGCGGUGCACAGCCAGUGAGGAAACUGACCAUUCGGACCUCUUGGGAACACUUCAUAACCUGUACUUGAUUACUUUUAACCCUGUUGGAAGGUCUGCUGUAGCUCAUGUGUUUAGCCUUGAGAAGAACCUCCAAAGUCUUAUUACUUUAAUGGAAUACUAUUCCAAAGAAGCUUUAGGUGACUCCAAGUCCAAGAAGUCGGUUGCCUAUAAUUAUGCAUGCAUACUUGUUUUGCUGGUGGUUCAGUCUUCCAGUGAUGUCCAAAUGCUGGAACAGUACUCAGCGCCUUUAUUGAAGCUUUGUAAGGCAGAUGAAAAUAACACCAAAUUGCAAGAGCUGUGCAAGUGGCUUGAACCUUUGAAAAAUCUUAGAUUUGAAAUUAAUUGUAUCCCAAAUCUCAUUGAAUAUAUUAAACAGAAUAUUGAUAGUUUGAUGACACAGGAAGGAGUUGGUCUUCUUACUGCACUCCGUGUUCUUUGUCAUGUUGCAUGCCCGCCACCUCCUGUUGAAGGUCAACAGAAGGAUCUUAAAUGGAACCUUGCAGUUAUUCAGCUCUUUUCUGCUGAAGGAAUGGACACCUUCAUUCGUGUUCUGCAAAAGUUGAACAGCAUUCUUAUUCAGCCUUGGAGGCUCCAUGUCAACAUGGGAACCACACUUCAUAGAGUUACUACCAUUUCCAUGGCCCGAUGUACACUUAAUCUCCUUAAAACCAUGUUAACUGAGCUCCUGAGAGGUGGAUCUUUUGAAUUUAAAGACAUGCGUGUUCCUUCAGCACUUGUUUCUUUACAUAUGCUUCUGUGUUCUAUCCCUCUCUCAGGCCGUUUAGAUAGUGAUGAACAAAAAAUUCAGAAUGACAUUAUUGAUAUUUUAUUGACCUUUACCCAGGGAGUUAAUGAAAAACUUACAAUCUCAGAAGAAACUUUGGCCAAUAAUACUUGGUCUUUAAUGUUAAAGGAGGUCCUCUCUUCAAUUUUGAGAAUUCCUGAAGGAUUUUUCUCUGGACUUAUACUGCUUUCAGAAUUGCUGCCUCUUCCAUUGCCCAUGCAAACAACUCAGGUUAUUGAACCACAUGAUAUAUCGGUGGCACUCAACACCAGGAAACUGUGGAGCAUGCAUCUCCAUGUUCAAGCCAAAUUGCUACAAGAAAUAGUUCGAUCAUUCUCUGGUUCAACUUGCCAGCCUAUUCAGCAUAUGCUGAGGCGUAUUUGUGUUCAGUUGUGUGACUUGGCAUCACCAACUGCUCUUCUUAUCAUGAGGACUGUAUUGGAUCUGGUUGUAGAAGAUCUACAAAGCAGUACAGAAGAUAAAGAGAAACAGUACACUGGCCAGACUACCCGAUUACUUGCUUUACUUGAUGCCUUGGCUUCACACAAAGCUUGUAAAUUAGCCAUUUUGCAUCUAGUUAAUGGAACUAUUAAAGGCGAUGAAAAAUAUGCAGAAGUUUUCCAGGAGCUGUUGGCUUUAAUGAGAUCUACUGGGGACAAUGUUAUUCAUCAGCAAUGUGCUGAAUAUGUAACAUCCAUUUUGCAGUCCCUCUGUGAUCAGGACAUUGCACUGAUUUUGCCAAGUUCCUCAGAGGGAUCUGUUUCUGAAUUAGAACAGCUCUCCAAUUCAUUACCAAGCAAGGAACUGAUGUCCUUAAUCUGUGACUGUCUGAUGGAAACACUUGCUAAUGCAGAGACCAGUUAUAAUUGUCUCCUGACAUGUAUCAGAACCAUGAUGUUCCUUACAGAGCAUGAUUAUGGAUUCUACCACUUAAAGAGCUCUCUAAGAAAACGCAACCAUGCUCUGUAUACCGUAUCAAAGCGAGUAAUAAGUAGCUUUAGUAAGGAUACAGGUGAACUGGCCUCUUCUUUUUUGGAUUUUAUGAGACAAAUUCUAAACUCCGACACACUGGGAUGUUGUGGAGAUGAUGGAAGUCUUAUGGAAGUAGAUGGUUCCCAUCCAGCCAGAACACUGGGUCUUACUACUGCAGAGUUAAAACAUUUAUUACAGAACAAAGAAGAAACUCCAGAAAAUUUGCUCCUUGAACUGGAGAAACAUGUUUUGGAACGUUCUAAGGAAGAUGACAGCCUUGAAUCCUUAUUGGACAAUGUAGCUGGACUUCGGCAGAUGCUGGAAUCGGCAGGCGAUCCUUGUCCUCUGAGUGACCAAGAUGUAGAACCUGUUCUUUCUGCACCAGACUCUCUCCAGAAUCUGUUUAAUAAUAGGACAACAUAUGUUUUGGCAGAUGUGAUGGAUGACCAGCUGAAAUCUAUGUGGUUCUCACCAUUCCAGGCUGAAGAAAUUGACACUGAUCUGGAUAUGGUAAAGGUAGACUUAAUUGAACUGUCAGAGAAAGGCUGCAGUGACUUUGACUUGCAAGCAGAACUGGAGAGAUCAUUUUUGUCAGAACCUUCAUCUCCUGGUAGGACGAAAACCACAAAAGGGUUCAAACUUGGCAAACACAAGCAUGAGACCUUUAUAACUUCAAGUGGAAAAUCUGAGUAUAUAGAACCUGCAAAGAGAGCACAUGUUGUGCCACCUCCCAGAGGAAGAGGCCGGGGAGGAUUUGGACAAGGUAUUCGACCACAUGAUAUCUUUCGUCAAAGGAAACAGAAUACAAGCAGACCACCUUCUAUGCAUGUGGAUGAUUUUGUUGCUGCAGAGAGCAAAGAAGUGGUCCCUCCAGAUGGGAUACCACCACCUAAAAGGCCACCAAAAGUAUCCCAGAAGAUAUCUUCACGUGGUGGGUUCUCAGGGAAUCGUGGAGGACGGGGAGCUUUUCACAGUCAGAACAGAUUCUUUACGCCACCCGCUUCAAAAGGAAAUUACAAUCGUCGCGAAGGAGCCAGGGGUUCAAGCUGGAGUGCACAAAAUACCCCACGAGGAACCUACAAUGAAAGCAGAGGGGGUCAAAGCAAUUUUAAUAGGGGCCCCCUUCCACCAUUGAGGCCAUUAAGUUCUGCAGGCUAUCGACCCAGUCCUCGUGAUCGUGCUUCCAGAGGCCGGGGUGGAAUUGGACCAUCUUGGGCGAGUGCUAAUAGUGGUGGUAGCGGUGGCUCAAGAGGAAAGUUUGUUAGUGGAGGCAGUGGAAGAGGUCGUCACGUACGUUCCUUCACACGAUAAAAAUGAGACCUUAUAGAACAGCCCAGUAGGAUGAACUUCUUAUGAUGAUGACAACAGAAAGAGGCACUAAAGGACCAAUUUAGACUCACUGGUAUCUGGAGACAGCAAGAGAAUAUUUUUGUCUGAAGAAAGCAGUUUUUGUUUGAAACAAGACUUGAAAUUUCAAUAAAAUUCAAGACUUUUUGUGUA